CGCGAUAACGGUUGCACGGAACAGCUUUACCAGCCGCGAGAACUCUUCUGUGUUUACAGUUCGCGGAAAUCAAAGGUUCAGAAUAACGCGCCAGCUAUCGCGCCACUGACCAUCGUUUGCAUUCGUUGAUCGCGUUCAAUCGCCCCCUUAACUAUUCAAUAUUUCCAAUUCAACGCGAUAGAAUUUGAUCGACUAUCGAGAAGCUCGUUAAUUAAUAAGUUCAACAAGCAUCGAAAAGAAUCAACUAUCAAAAUCGAAGUUUCGAGAAUCGCUAACAAUGGGUGGACAAAUAUACUCGAGAUCUAUUUUACGAUUUAAUUACAAGAAAUCGGAGAAAUCGCCGCGCUUAUCGUGUACGGGGAUAAAUAGAACGAGAGAAAGAAAUUAGCAAAGAUAAGAAACGGCAACGGAAGAAGUCGUAGAAAGAGUAGGAGGAACGCGAAACAACCACCUGUAGCUGAUGGCGCGACACGCCUCUCAAGAAACUCGCGCGUGCGUUUUCUCGCAAGCUUCAACCCCCAAAAUCCUCGAUUCGAGCUCACCGCGUCGUUCGAAUUUUCCAAAACAGCACUCAAAGCUUAAAAAUCGCUUCUGGAGAUCUGUUUUGGUAUCUGACGAAUUUAACGUCUCAUGAAAUUUGCCUGAUUUUUGGAAUUAACGUUGCCAGGAAGCUGUCUUAUCUUUAUUUACUAUACCAUCCUAAUCAAACGCGGUCCAGACCGUUGAGAGCUCGAAGAACAGCUUUGAGAAUCUGUCGGUUGUGCACUUGACUAUUCCUGAGACUCGAUGUAACGGAUCUCGUUAUGGACCGUGUUUGAUUAGGAUGGUUUCGUAAAUAUAGAUAAGGCUACCUCCUCAGAUUAAUUCUGUUAGAGCAAUUGUUCAAAAUGCUGUCACAAAGACUCGCCAUUGAGUAUAAGCGUUAAACGUACGCGUGUCCGACUGGAAUUUUAAAUUUUCCCGCGUAAACUUAUUCAUAGUUUCGAUCCAUUAGAAAUUAAUUAUUACUAAUACACUAUAUCCAGAACAAAUACCAUUUUAAUUAUUUAAUUAUAGCUCGAAUAAAAUUUAGAGACUUAAUAAUUUCUGUGAAUUUCGGGGAAAUCCCCAGUGGUCUACCAGACGCCAACGGUGAGGCAGCCUGUGUUUCGAGCGUCGGCACGAACGGCGCUUCCUGUUUGAAAGGAGACGCGCGAAGACGCGAAAGAAUAACCCGGACUCUGUGCAGUAUUUACCCACGAUCGCGAUAGUUGGAAAGCGUGCGCGAAAGUUGCGUCACAUCCGCGGUCUGAAAGCGAUUCUGGAAACGCGUCUCGCGGAUCCGUAAACACCGGCGUGUCGAUCUUUUCUUAGACCAACGGCCGCUACGUUCGUCGAGUCCGUGCGUUCCCUCGAAACUAUUUAAAGAGAACGGAAUGCAUUUACCACUGCGGGCGUUUUACAACGGUUCGUGUUACGAGCCAAGCCGUAGCGGCGAUUAAUCGCGUUAGAUCGUGACGCCCGCUUUUUCAAACAACCGCUCGGUCCUCGGUGUUUGAUUUUAAUCGCACCCCCUUCACCCGGUUCAAAAAUAGACUCGAAAGCUCGUUAACUCCGCCGUAUUUGCGUCUACGAGUGACCGUUUUAAUCCGCGGAACACUGUGAAAUCCGUAUAAAUAAUAUCGUUGCUUUUCGCCUACGAGUCCAGUCUUUCACGCCAUUACCAAUCAGAUCUAUUGGUAUUCUUGUUUAUCAGCUAGUUUUUAUUCCUCUUAGAAACUGAAACAUAUAUUUAUCUUGAAUGGAGAUUCUACGGUACAAUUAUAUUACACUCAAAAUAUAUUUACAAAGAAUAUCAAUUUAUACUGUUAAACAGUAUAAGAAAAAGGAUACGUUGCGUUAGAGUAUCCUGCACGAAGAUAACCUGUAAAUGUGAAAAUUUCCAACGAUAAAAAGUGGCUGAUAAAAGAAGGAACCCAUUAGACUUACUUUUGGCUUUCCAUUGUAUCGCAAAAUUUUAAGGAUUAUCUCAAUAACGUAACUAAGAAUUUUGGUCGAGUAAAUAGAUCGAUAUUUACAUCGAUAGAAUAGGGAUAUUUUCGUAACCCCUGAUCGAGAAAAGAUGGCCGCCCGUCGUUCGAGGCGUUAAAAACGGUUGGAAAAUCGGUCGGUAGCGUAGAAAGGAAGGACUAUGCAUCGACAACAGAGGCUUCGAUCGCCAUCGUCGUCUCCCUCGUCGUUAUCGUUGCCAUUCUCGGCGUCCCGGUCGUCCAUCUCGACCGUGUCGCUGUCGUCGACGUCCCCGUCGACGGCCACGUCCGAGCCAAUAACGACGCUGACAACGAAGACGGCGUCCCCGUCGUCGUCCACCGCCCUGUCGUCGUCGUCGGCGUGGUCGACGUCGCCGUACACCUGGAGCGUCCAGCAGACCUCAUGCUCGAGGUUAUCGUCGCUGUCCGGCGAGUCGUCCAUCGUCUCGGUAUCGAUACCCUGCCCGCGACUCGUAUCCGUGUUGGCUUGGUCCGUGACGCUGUUGCUGGUGUCCUCGUGCAUCGGCCUGACGGACGCCGGGAUCCUGAACGGGCAUCCUUUGGGUAAAAGGUCCUUUAUCGAUAUCCAAUGUAAGGGUAUAUACGACAAGAGCAUCUUCGCCCGGCUGGAUCGUAUCUGCGAGGAUUGUUACAACCUGUUUCGAGAACCUCAGCUGCAUCAACUGUGCAGGAAAAACUGCUUCACGUCAGACUACUUCAAAGGAUGCUUAGACGUGCUAUUGCUGCAGGACGAGGUAGAGAAGAUCCAAACGUGGAUCAAGCAACUACACGGAGCGGAGCCCGGGGUUUAGGCAAAGCUGCUUUGGUACGGAAUACUUCACAAGCUGUAUUCAAGCGUUGCUGCUCGAGGACGAGAAGGAAAAGUUCCAGGAGAUGGUCGAGUACCUAGGCCGCAAGAAAUAAGAGGAAAAGAGUACAGACGCG